AUGGCGAACGAGAUGGCCGAGAAAUGGGCCUGUGCGCAGUGUACCUAUGCUAACUAUCAGGCGGCGACCACGUGCACCAUGUGUCGUGCGCCGCGCUCACUUUUCAUCACCAAUCCGCCGUGCACCUCGGCCUCGGCCUGCGACGAGGAAUCGGUGGAGGAGCGAUGGCCGUGCCCGGACUGCACCUAUAUGAAUGUCAUGAAAUCUCGUCGCUGCACCGUCUGCUUCUGCCUGCGGCCAGCCCUCUUUAACGUCGAUGGAAGCGUGGAUCUCUGCUACAAAGGUUGGCCCAAUUUGUUUUUUCGAUCCGAAACUGUUCGGAAUGUGCUGAAAUGCGUAGUUUCGAGGAAGAUUGAGGUGCGGUUGGGCGGCCGGUCGGCCGGGAUGCGCUUGAUUGCUGCAGUUUCAGACGAAUGUUCAGUUGAUCUCGAGCAGCUCGACAAACUGGGCAAAAUUAUGCACAAAUGGGACUGCUCACAGUGCACCUACAAAAACUGGCCAAGCGUUAAGCUUUGCACAAUGUGUGGCACACCAAAAGAGUGCGUUUCUUCGAAUGUUGGCAGCGACACCACCAGUGACAAAGAUAGUAACGCCUCUCCAGCAUGUUACUCAUUAUCUGAGGAGGGAACCGAGAGAGGUAGCGAAGGGACGGUCACAGAAGAAAGUACAGUCGAGAAGACGGGCAUCGAAGAAAUGGCAUGUGUAGCUGAGAAGACAGUCAUUGAAGGAAUGGCAUGUGAGGAAGCUGCUGCCGAAAAGACAUCCGACGAGGGAAUUGCCAGCGAAGAAGGUGCUGCUGGCCAGGGGAAGACCGUCGAUGAAAGUGUUGAUAAAGGUGCUGCUAGCAGUGAUGUUGAGCUUGUUGCCAGUGCAAAAGCAACUGUCAUUAAAAUCAAUGGGAAUGUAAAUAAACGAAUCACAUGUCUGGACAAGUAUCUCUCGCAGCUCUAUAAAUCGGUUGAUACGGGUUGCGCAUCUUUUCUGGAGGCAGUCACUGAAAUACUGCGACAAAGUAAUGAAGCCGAAGAGAAACUUAUUCAUUACAUUUACCAUUACGGCGAAGGCAAUCGACGAUUGAACGGCUUCGAGGCGAUGCUUUUGAGUGGUAUUGAGGGAGUGAACACGACACCGAUCUUCGGCCGCUCAAUCGUUGACAUUAUUCGGAACAACCACAGCAAGCUUCUGGCAUGCGUGCCUCGAAAUCCGCACUAUCUCGAUGAGCGAAUCAACCAUUCGUUUUGCUUUACAGCGAGUGGCGAUCGUUCUGAUGAUAUCUUCAAGAAGAUCCGCGAAAGUAUCUAUGAAGAUUACGACAUGACGCGUAUUGCAAAUAACAGCGUCUUGUUCACACUACCAAAUGGUACAAUUUAUGACUUACGACCGUGGCUGGCAUCCGGCGAGAGCAGCCUCCGUGUCCUCAUGGAAAUCGAUGAUCGACAGAUAAUGGACACGGUCUGCUGCAUGGAUGCGCACUCGUUAACGGGCUUUAAAGCAUGUGAUACUUAUGCACCAUUAGUUCUGCGCAAUCGCGGUGGAGGACAUAGUCUUGUUGAUGCUGUAUCACAGGCGCUGUGGGGUGUAAUCGACAAGAACAAUACACUUCGCGGUGCACUAUAUCACUCGUUAUAUGCGAUGGAAACUGUCUUUCGAAGCCGUUGGGCAACUUCUCUGAUGAAAAUGGGACUUAACAUUGAUAUCUGGAAGAUGCAGCGCCACUGGUCAAGCAUAGUUGAGUGCAAGCAGCCGGGAUCGCCACUUGAACAGAUUCAUAUUUUGGUACUGGCUCAGGUUUUGAACCGCCCAAUCAUUGUUUUCCCUAUUGAAUCAUCGAAGAUGAACCCAUUUCCUUCAAGAAAUGGCUGCCCGAGUCGCCUUAAGCAUCCAGUCGAAGGAUAUUAUCCUCAGCUGCCUGGAAUGAAUAAUUUUCGUGUUUGCCCGCCACUGCUGCUUGGAUUUAUCAAUGGCAGUUUUCAUGCACUCGUAUUACCUCCGCGUCCUGCAUCCGAACGAGCAGAUGCAGCGCGUUUAUCACGCAUUUAUCGUUAUGUACGCUGCCCACCGUUCCCGCUCAAUGAAUAUCUCCAGUUCGUACUGGAUGAAAAGGAAGCCGAGGAAAUUAUGAAGGGCUGCAUGGUUGUAGAUGUGGAUGGUAGUGGACAGCGAUGGAUCUAUCAUUCCAACUUUGGUUCGCACCAUACGAAAAAUGAGAUGGGCUUCCUUUUGUGGAGUAAGUUUCGAUUUUAA